AUGGCCCUGCUGAAACUGGACAAUGUAUUGGACUACUGGAGGAAGGAUCAUUUUGUGUCAGUGCCUCUGCCAGCACAGGUCAUGUCACGUGACAGAUACAGGACAAUAUCCUGGAACUUGCAUCUCAGCGACCCUGAUGAGGAUUUCCAGAACGACAGCAAAAAGGGCACACCCCACCAUGACCGACUGUUCAGAUUGAGACCCCUCAUGGACACCAUCAAGACUGCGUGUAAGGCCUUUUACCAUCCCCAUAAAUACCUGGCUGUGGAUGAGAGGAUGGUUGCAUCCAAGGCUAAGACUGGAAUGACCCAGUACAUGAAGGCCAAACCAACCAAGUGGGGAUUCAAGCUGUUCGUCAUAGCUGAUUCGAGGAAUGGCUACACAAUAGAAUUUUCUGUUUACACUGGUAAAAGCGACAUCCUCUCCGGACAUGGCCUGUCGUAUGAUGUGGUAAUGUCUCUGGUGCAGGCAGGUUACCUCGGAACAGGUUACCAUAUUUACAUGGAUAAUUUUUACACCAGCCCGAAGCUGUUCAAGGCUCUCCAUGCCCUAAAGUUCGCUGCCUGUGGGACCUACAGAGAGAACCGCAAGGACUGCCCAAGGCCACAGACUAACGCCCUGACAAAAAAAUCCAAAAGAGGCUCCAUAAGACGGAUCAGGGAGGGCCCACUGGUAUUUGUGAAGUGGAUGGACAACAGGGACGUAGCUGUCUGCUCCACCAUCCAUGAAGCAUACUCUGGCAACACCGUGCAGAGAAGGCAGAAGCAGAGAGAUGGCUCCUGGAUCCGAGUAGAGACCCCCUGUCCCACACCUGUUGCUGAGUACAACGCACACAUGGGUGGAGUUGAUCUGUCAGAUCAGCUCAUACAGUACUACUCUUCAAAGCACAAGACCAUGCGCUGGUACAGGAGCCUGUUUUAUCAUUUCCUGGACAUUGCCACUACAAACAGCUACAUUAUGUACAAAGAAGUCUGUCUGUCACAACAGAAGAAGCCCAUGACACACAGAGCAUUCAUGGAGGAGCUGAGUGCUGAGCUCUGUGGCAAGCCUGUCCAUACACCUCCUGUCCGGGCACCUGCAGCUCAUCUUCCUGUGCCCAUUGCUGAUGUCCAGGCAGCAAGCGACAGGGCCACCACAGGUCGCAGGAAAUGCGAACAUUGCUACUUCCAAGGCAAGAGAAAGGACACACCUUGGAAGUGCAAGCAGUGUGAUGUUGCCCUGUGUGUCUCACUGGAACGCAACUGCUUUGAGGCAUGGCAUGAGGACUUAAUCUGA